AGCAAUCAACACAUCUACAUCAUGUCUGGAUGCGGAAAGGGAGGCAAGGGACUCGGCAAGGGCGGCGCCAAGCGCCACCGCAAGGUGUUGCGCGACAACAUCCAGGGCAUCACGAAGCCCGCGAUCCGCCGCGUGGCUCGCCGCGGCGGCGUCAAGCGCAUCAGCGGCCUCAUCUACGAGGAGACCCGCGGUGUCCUCAAGGUCUUCCUCGAGAACGUCAUCCGCGACUCCGUCACGUACACGGAGCACGCCCGCCGCAAGACGGUCACGGCCAUGGACGUCGUCUACCCGCUCAAGCGCCAGGGCCGCACGCUCUACGGCUUCGGCGGGUAAAUCUUCCCGCUGAGCCCGGGCGCCUCGACACCAAGACCAAUACCCGCCGGGCCGCCCACUCACACAACCACACCGGUGUUUUCGAACACCACCCUUUUGGAGGAAGACUUUCGCGGGCCGCGGCCGGCGCUUUGGGCAUUCGCUCGCGGCGCGCCUCGCGCUUCGCGCUCGUUCGAUCGGCGGGGUUGCGCUGCUCGUGGGGUUUGAAAGUCGGGUGCGUUAAGAACUAAGCCAU